GUGGCCAUGGUUCUAAUAUUGUUGGUGGCCAUUCCCCUAUUGGUUCACACAACCAAAGGAGGGACCACUGGUGGAAGUGCAGGGAGCCAUUAUGAAAUGAUUGGAAGCUGCAGGAUGGUAUGUGACCCCUACGCCACCUCUCAGCCAGGCCAGGAGCUGACAGCUGUUUCUCCACCACCCCAGGAUUUCUCUGGGAAGAAGGUAAAGUCUGGUCUCCGUGGUCCUCCAGGGACACCUGGCACCCCAGGAGCACGUGGACCCCCUGGAGACCCAGGCAAGCCAGGGCCGCAAGGGCCCCCAGGUCCUGGUCCUGGUGGCUAUUCUCCAUCACUCUACACUCCCAAAAUAGCCUUUUAUGCAGGGCUACGCAAGCAGCAUGAGGGGAAUGAAAUACUGAAGUUUGAUGAUGUGGUGACCAAUGUAGGUAACUACUAUGAGCCCAGCACUGGCAAAUUCACCUGUCCCCUGCCUGGCAUCUACUUCUUCACCUACCAUGUUUUAAUGAGAGGUGGUGAUGGGACCAGCAUGUGGGCUGACCUGAAGAAGAAUGGCCAGGUAAGAGCCAGCGCCAUCGCUCAGGAUGCUGAUCAGAAUUACGACUACGCCUCCAAUAGUGUGAUCUUGCAUUUGGACGUGGGCGAUGAGGUGUGUGUGCAGCUGGAUGGCGGGAAGGUCCACGGAGGGAACACAAACAAGUACAGCACCUUUUCUGGCUUCCUCAUCUACCCAGACUGA